GUUGACGCCGCCGGGGGGCGGGCUGGCGGGUGGAGGCGCUGGCGGGUGGGGGGAGUGCUCGCUCGCUCCGGAUUGCCUUCGCCGCCCGGUUUCUCUCUGCCUGGUACGCCUGUGAGGCCGGCUGCCGGCGGAGGCCUCCUCGCGAUGGAGCACAUCCGGACGACCAAGGUUGAACAGGUAAAACUACUGGACCGGUUCAGUACCAGCAACAAGGCAUCAACAGGAACUCUGUAUCUUACGGCCACGCAUCUGUUAUUUAUAGACUCGCAUCAAAAGGAAACCUGGAUUUUGCACCACCACAUUGCCUCGGUGGAGAAACUUCCUUUGACUACUUCUGGAUGCCCACUCUUGAUUCAGUGCAAGAACUUCAGGACUGUGCAUUUCAUUGUUCCCAGAGAAAGGGAUUGUCAUGAUAUUUAUAACUCUCUGCUACAACUGUCAAAACAAGCAAAAUACGAAGAUCUUUAUGCAUUCUCAUAUAAUCCCAAACAAAAUGAUUCAGAACGACUACAGGGUUGGCAGCUCAUUGGCCUUGCUGAGGAAUAUAAGAGGAUGGGAGUGCCAAAUUCAAACUGGCAGUUGUCUGAUGCCAACCGGGAGUACAAGAUUUGUGAAACUUAUCCCAGAGAACUGUAUGUUCCCCAGACAGCAAGCAAACCAAUAAUUGUUGGUAGUUCCAAAUUUCGGAGCAAGGGAAGAUUCCCGGUUCUUUCUUACUAUCAUCAAGAUAAGGAGGCUGCCAUUUGUCGAUGUAGUCAGCCACUGUCAGGAUUCAGUGCCAGGUGCCUGGAGGAUGAGCAUUUGCUUCAAGCCAUUAGUAAGGCCAACCCAGCCAAUCGCUACAUGUACGUUGUGGACACCAGGCCCAAACAUCGCAUGCAGAGCUGGUGGGCUACACAAAAGGACAUUGGCAGAAUUAUAGUGAGGAUUUCUUCAAAAAUCUGGAAUGAUGAGAAAAUAAGAGAAAGCGAUGAGGAAAAGCGACUGAAUGCUAUGGCCAACAGAGCAGCGGGAAAAGGUUAUGAAAAUGAAGACAAUUAUUCUAAUAUUAGAUUUCAGUUUGUUGGAAUAGAAAAUAUUCAUGUCAUGAGGUCCAGCCUUCAGAAAUUAUUAGAAGUCAAUGGCACCAAGGGGCUGUGUGUUAAUGAUUUCUACUCUGGCCUGGAGAGCGCUGGCUGGCUUCGCCAUAUCAAGGCUGUCAUGGAUGCUGCGAUCUUCCUAGCUAAGGCAAUAACGGUUGAAAGUGCAAGUGUCCUGGUACAUUGCUCGGAUGGGUGGGAUAGGACCUCCCAGGUUUGUUCGCUUGGUUCGCUUUUGCUGGAUUCGUAUUACAGGACAAUCAAAGGAUUCAUGGUUUUAAUAGAAAAAGAUUGGAUCUCAUUUGGACAUAAAUUUUCAGAGAGGUGUGGCCAUUUGGAUGGUGACCCAAAGGAAGUCUCUCCAGUGUUCACUCAGUUCUUGGAAUGUGUGUGGCAUUUGACGGAACAGUUUCCACAAGCCUUUGAAUUCAGUGAAGCGUUUCUUCUUCAGAUCCAUGAACAUAUUCAUUCAUGCCAGUUCGGAAACUUCAUUGGAAAUUGUCAGAAGGAAAGAGAAGAACUCAAGUUGAAGGAGAAGACUUACUCCCUGUGGCCAUUUCUUUUGGAUAACCAGAAGAAAUACUUGAAUCCUCUCUACAGUCCCAAAUCUCAGAGCUUUACAGUUUUGGAGCCAAAUACAGUAUCUUUCAAUUUUAAGUUUUGGAGAAACAUGUACCACCAAUUUGAUCGAACGUUGCACCCUAGGCAGUCUGUAUUCAAUAUAAUUAUGAAUAUGAAUGAGCAAAAUAAACAAUUAGAGGAAGACCUUAAAGACCUAGAAUCUAAAAUUAAACAGCACAGAAAUAAGCAAACAGAAGACGCUCUUACCAAGGAAUUGUUAAAUUCAGUUCGUCCGGAAUCACCUGCCCACAAAACCCCGCUGUGUCUUAAAGAGCAGACUUUGCUACCCGUGGAUGACGCACUUCGAACUAUAGAGGGCAGCAGCCCCACAGAUAACCGAUACAGUGACUACACAGAGGAGUUCUCCAAGUCGGAGCCUGCUGUGGUCAGCUUAGAGUACGGUGUGGCAAGGAUGACUUGUUAGACGCUGAGCGUUUCUGGACUUGACUGUUGGGUGGAAAUGAUUGUGAGAACGGUUGGUGCCCGUGACCGAGAAGGACUUGUCUAAUGAUAAUCUUGGGUUUCACAGUAGGUGAACAGUUGAAGAGGGCUAACAGGUACUCUUGUGAGAGAAACAAGCCAGGUUAAGUGCAUUUCUGGACUGAAGUGACAUCAGUUGUGUAGGAAAUGACUGGUAUUUGGUAGAUAUGUUCAAAAAACACCUUGCACUGUACACUAGUGAAUUGACAUUGCUGUGUGACUUACGUUAAUUAUAGCCAAACAUAAACAGCUUUCGUAAUUUAAUUGCAAGAAAGCAAAAUUUGGCAGACAGGAUGAUCCCUUAGUUGACAUGGCAUGUACUUUGAAUUAUGUAACUGUAACUAUGAAUAUUGACAUGUUUUUGCCUUUUAGUGAUGUUGAAUAUUGAAGUGCCAUGAAAGAUAUUUCCAAGAGGGCCUUAAGAUAAAUUCUGCUCAUGCUUUACCCUUAAGUUUUGCAUCGUAGAGCAGAAUGCUUUGCUUUUCUUUGGCCAGCCUCGUUUUGUUCAUUAAGCAUCGCACUCCGCACACCGCAGGCACUGCAUGCCUCAGUGCUCCUGCACGGACAGUCGCGGAGGCAUUCCUUUUGGUUCAUGCUCAGCCGGCUCACUUCCAUAGUCAGAGUUCAUGCAGCUGAAGGUUUUAUUCAGAUUAUAAUUUGUUUAGUGCUACAUGUGACGAUUUAUUAUUUACAGCUUAGAUUAUUGAUUUAAUGUGUAAGCACAUUUGACUUUUACAUAUGGAUUACUGCAUUCUACUGAUUCUUUGUGGUUGGUUUUCAUCCUUUCUUACCUGUGUCAGUGUAAAGAGCUGAAGUACUAAAACUCUUAGUAGACACAAUGAACAGUACGUGCAUUUUCUUCCUGCCUUACCUCCUGAGGAACUGCCAUUCCUAGAGUAUUUAACUUUAAUGCACCCAAAAGCUUUUGGGUAAAGUGAAGAGGGAUGUAUGGAUGGUUUAAGUUUUGCUUUGUUGCAUGAACUUUAAAGCAGUGCUUUGUAUAUGGAACAUAUAUUUCUUCUCUUAAAUAUAGAAGAAAUAAAGGAAAACUAAGGCGAGCCUAAUUAAUGUUUCAGAGCAACUUAAACUCUAGAGGAGAAUUUCAUGUUGCUGUAUUACACUAUUUACUCUGUGUACUACUAUAUACACAUGUUAAAUUAACAAAUAAAAUGUCAAUUGUAUUUGGCAGUACUACCGAGAAUGGCUUUAAAAUUGAAAAUGUAAGUAGCAUGGGCAGUGUGAGGUACGAUUCAAGGGUUCUAGGAAAUUUGCAUAGGACCCCUCAUGUGUCUCUUUAUUAUACCUAUAUCUGUUAUCUAGAUGUGAACAUGCACAUCUUUUUCAAAUGAAAAUGCUUUAUUGUAAGAGAGUUUAUCUGAUCCUGUUUAUUUUUCCAGUGCAUUCCUGUAUUAUCUUACAUAAUAAGAAAAGUAUUUCUUUGUAAACAAUAAGAAAACUUCACCAUAAAUUAUAGUGUGGGAUUAACCAAUUUGUAUGUAAGCACUGGGCAAGGGGAUGUAAUGUGUGUGGCCCCCAACGUAAGCUUUUGUGCCUUGGUUCCAGGCAGAUUGUGGAUUUGGAAUUGUUUGUGCCGGACUUGCUACAUUCAGCCCUUUGGUUUAUUACCAGAGUUGUCACCUGUAGAUGUAUGAGUGUAUUUAUGUGCUCACAUGUAGGCGGAAGUCAGACAACAUCCUGAGUGACCUGUAGGGUAUAUGUUGGCAAAAAGCGCGUUGCGUUUGUCUGAUAAAAUUGGAUUCGUGUUCGUGUUUGGGAAUGUAUAGCAUGUAAAUUAUUUCGUGUAUUAUUUAAAGGUAAUUAAAUGUUCAUAUUUUA